AUGUGCCCAUCAGGAGGACAGCUGGAGUCAGAGACCAAAGGCCACAAGUUGUCUUGUGGCGAUGCCGAGGGAGUGGCCAGUCCCCAUGCCCCAGAGAGGUCCGCAGUGCGUCGAGUGGGAGAGGCAGCUGCCGCGGUAGUCGGUAGUCGGACGUCGGACGUGUUCCUUGGGAUCCGGCGCCACAAGACCACCAUCUUCACGGAGGCCAAGGAGUCGAGCACCGUGUUCGAGCUGAAGCGCAUCGUUGAGGGCAUCCUCAAGCGGCCGCCCGACGAGCAGCGACUCUACAAGGACGACCAACUUCUGGAUGACGGCAAGACACUAGGCGAGUGGGGCUUCACCAGGCAGACAGCUGGGCCACAGGCCCCAGCCACUGUGGGGCUGGCCUUCCGGGCAGAGGAUGCAUUUGAGGCCCUGCGCCUUGAGCCCUUCUCUAGCCCCCAGAGCUGCCUGACGUGACUCAGGAAGCAGUGCCAGUGAACAAGCUGUGC